CUUCGGCAUCACGGAAAAGUGCGCAAAAUCUGCGAUUCGACUCGGCUUCCAUGUCCCCUUUCGUGCUUUGUGCCCUUUAAUUCACUCUUGUCCACCCUUCUUUGUUCGCUCCAACACGUUUGGGGAAUGCUUGCAAGUCUUUGUUAGGAAAAUUGUCGAAGGACGUCUCACUACGCUGGGGUUUUGAAGAAGUGGUGGGGGGUACCGAGUCCUUGUGGAUUGUUUUACAGGCUACAGGCUGGUCCUAGGACAAGGCUGUUUAAAGUUUGCCUCCUUUCGCCUUUGUUUUGAGAAUGUACCUGUCAAACAAGUGUCUCAGGUUUAACUUUGUUUGUGAAGUUACUUACGAAGGGUAAACCAUCGUUGCCCAUUUUAAACUUCAGUAAGUAUCUCUCCAAAAAUGGCUUCAGACGGAGCUGGAAUGUCAUCGUCUCCUGGAACUCCUGGGUCCUCAACACCAGGAUCAAUAACCAAUAUUUCUCCACCACAAAUGAAUGGGACUAUUCCUCAUGCUGGGCCCUACUCAAUUUUAUCUAAGGGCUUUGGGUGUGGGUCAAUUAAUGAUGAAAGCACGUGGCCAGGCUCAGGGCAGUCGACGGUUCCGGGGUCGCAGACGUCUACGUCCCCUGACAUUGCCCCUCCAGGUGGACCUCCAGUGGCGCCUGCCGGUGCCGUUGGACCCCCCGCAGCAGGUGCACCUCCAGGAGGGCUGGUUCCUGCCAAUCAGCCUAACCCUCCUCAACCUCCUGAACUGCCUAUGUUCAACUGCCCAAGGCGACCGAAUUUAGGCCGAGAUGGACGGACUAUUGUGUUGCGUGCCAAUCACUUCCAAGUCACAAUGCCCAGAGGAUACGUUCAUCAUUAUGACAUCAAUAUUCAACCUGACAAAUGUCCUAGAAAAGUUAAUCGAGAAAUCAUUGAAACUAUGGUACAUGCUUACAGCAAGAUAUUUGGAACACUUAGGCCUGUCUUUGAUGGCCGCAACAAUUUGUACACAAGAGAUCCUCUUCCAAUUGGCAAUGAUAGAGUUGAACUAGAGGUAACUUUACCGGGUGAAGGUAAAGAUCGUGUAUUCCGUGUUAACAUCAAGUGGGUGGCACAAGUUUCCCUAUUUGCGUUGGAGGAAGCUUUAGAAGGUCGCACAAGACAGAUCCCAUAUGAUGCCAUAUUGGCUUUAGAUGUUGUUAUGAGGCACCUUCCAUCAAUGACAUACACUCCAGUAGGAAGAUCAUUUUUCUCAUCUCCUGAUGGCUACUAUCACCCUCUUGGUGGGGGUCGUGAGGUGUGGUUUGGUUUCCAUCAGUCAGUGCGUCCAAGCCAGUGGAAAAUGAUGCUGAAUAUUGAUGUUUCUGCCACUGCAUUUUACAAAGCUCAGCCUGUCAUUGAGUUUAUGUGUGAGGUCCUUGAUAUAAGAGAUAUCAAUGAACAAAGAAAACCCUUGACUGACUCUCAGCGAGUGAAAUUUACCAAAGAAAUCAAGGGCCUGAAAAUUGAGAUCACUCAUUGUGGUACUAUGCGACGCAAGUACAGAGUAUGCAAUGUGACUCGCAGACCGUCUCAGAUGCAAUCGUUCCCUUUGCAACUUGAAAAUGGACAAACUGUGGAAUGCACAGUUGCCAAAUAUUUCCUGGACAAAUACAAAAUGAAGCUACGCUACCCUCAUCUUCCAUGUCUUCAAGUCGGGCAAGAACACAAGCACACGUAUCUUCCUCUUGAAGUGUGCAACAUUGUUGCUGGUCAGCGCUGUAUCAAGAAGCUUACUGAUAUGCAGACAUCGACUAUGAUCAAGGCAACAGCAAGAUCUGCUCCAGACAGAGAACGUGAAAUCAACAACUUAGUCCGCAGAGCGGAUUUCAACAAUGAUGCGUAUGUUCAAGAGUUUGGUCUCACAAUUUCCAAUCACAUGAUGGAAGUUCGUGGUCGAGUUCUUGCUCCACCCAAGCUGCAGUAUGGAGGCCGACCUUCUCAAUCCUUGACUGGCCAAAUUGGUGGACUCGGCAUGGCAAAACAACAGGCGCUUCCCAUUCAAGGAGUUUGGGACAUGCGUGGCAAGCAGUUCUACACAGGUGUGGAGAUCCGAGUCUGGGCUAUCGCUUGUUUCGCUCCUCAGCGAACAGUUCGUGAAGACGCUCUAAGGCUUUUCACCACAAAUCUUCAGAAAAUUAGUAAUGAUGCUGGAAUGCCCAUCAUCGGUCAACCUUGUUUCUGCAAAUAUGCAACUGGUCCAGAUCAAGUUGAACCCAUGUUCAGAUACUUGAAGACUACAUUCCAGGCUCUUCAGUUGGUAGUUGUUGUCUUGCCUGGAAAAACGCCCGUUUAUGCUGAAGUGAAACGAGUGGGAGACACAGUUAUGGGCAUGGCAACACAGUGUGUCCAAGCUAAGAAUGUAAACAAAACAUCUCCUCAAACUUUAUCAAAUUUAUGCCUCAAGAUCAAUGUAAAGUUGGGUGGAAUCAACAGUAUCUUAGUGCCAAGCAUUAGACCCAAAGUAUUCAAUGAGCCUGUUAUAUUCCUUGGGUCGGAUGUAACUCAUCCACCUGCAGGAGAUAACAAGAAGCCUUCCAUUGCUGCAGUUGUUGGCUCCAUGGAUGCUCAUCCAAGUCGGUAUGCUGCUACUGUUAGAGUUCAACAGCACCGUCAAGAAAUCAUACAAGAGCUGAGCUCCAUGGUACGAGAACUUCUCAUCAUGUUUUACAAGAGCACUGGAGGAUACAAACCUCAUCGCAUUAUUCUGUAUCGUGAUGGAGUUUCGGAGGGGCAGUUCUUGGCUGUGCUCCAGCAUGAACUGACUGCUAUUAGAGAGGCUUGUAUUAAAUUGGAAGGAGACUACAAGCCUGGCAUCACAUUUAUUGUUGUCCAGAAGAGGCACCACACUAGAUUGUUCUGCUCUGACAAGAAAGACCAGUCUGGAAAGUCUGGCAACAUUCCCGCCGGAACAACUGUUGAUGUUGGUAUAACACACCCUACUGAGUUUGACUUCUAUUUAUGCAGUCACCAGGGUAUUCAAGGUACUAGCCGUCCAAGUCACUACCACGUGUUGUGGGAUGACAACCACUUUGACUCAGAUGAGCUCCAGUGCCUGACAUACCAGUUGUGCCACACUUAUGUGAGAUGCACCCGUUCCGUUUCCAUUCCUGCCCCAGCGUACUACGCUCACCUAGUAGCCUUCCGUGCACGGUACCAUUUGGUAGAGAAGGAACACGACAGUGGAGAAGGUUCACAUCAAUCAGGCUGCAGUGAAGAUAGAACGCCUGGGGCCAUGGCUCGAGCUAUCACUGUACAUGCAGACACAAAGAAGGUCAUGUACUUUGCAUAAAUGUGUGUGACUGUUAAUUUUAGAAAUUCAUAUUCUAUAUUAACUUUGAAAUAUGACUCCAUCAUUGAUGGAGAUAUGACUCCAUCAUUGAUAGUCAAAGCCCUCCAAAAGAGGAGUCUAGUACCCCACAGAGCAUGCAGAUUAAUAUUAUAUAUGUACAUACCGUACCCCCAUUUUUAUUUCUUAAUUGUUGUAUGGCUUAGCCAAAUGAAUUAAACUGAGUUGUACCAUAUCUGACUUUGACAGUGACAAUGCCGGGAAGUAAUGUUUAUUAUGUAAUUGUUUUUAUUUAGUGCAGUUUAUUUUAUAUCAUUUAUUGAAAAAUGCUUAAAAUAGGAUUUUAAACAUUUUCUUUUUUGUUGACUAUGCCUUUUAAAAGGCAGACUGGUGGGACUUUGCAAUCAUACGCCCAUCUCUAAAAUCUAGUUUCUGUAAUUUAGUGAACUAUUCUUUCAUCAUUAGCCUUAAUUUGUGUUCUUCAGUUUACCUAGGUAAUGUCUUUUCCGAAAUACAACACAUAUAGAUCAUAUUUCAUGUAGGGAUUAUACCAUAAAUUUGUGGAGGUAAUUUGUAAGUUCUUUAACACCUUUCAUGAUUGGACACCAUUGAUAUAAAAUAAAUAAUUAUUAAGGAUGUUUGGGAUGUAUAUUAUUCUGAUUUGGACACUGUACCUUCUGAUGUACUGUACUGAUGAUAUAAAAGGGCAUUAUUUUUUUUAGUACCUAUUAAGAAAUCUGACCGCAACAUAAUUGCAAUUGUCAAUGUACAUGGGCAGGCAUACGUAAUCUUAAGGUCUACGUUAAGCUACAUGCAGUUGCAUAUGAUAUGAUUAUAAAUUUUAAUGCUGCUCCAACCUGAUGAAUCUUUCUUUUACCUUUUUUUUCUUUGUUAAAUAACAGAUGUGUACAUAAUUGAUAGAUGUGCUACUUAGUUAAUGUUAACAGUAGCUGUAUGUUGUGCCACAGAUCGCUGUAUGUGGAUAUCUGUAUCAACAAUCAAAGCCCAAAUGGGUGUUUUGUGUGUGUUUGUGGUCUCCACAGAGUUUAUUUGCUUCUAAUCAUGUUUGACUCUCAGUUAUUAGAAGGGUGUAGAAGCCCUAUAGCUUCUUGUUUUUAAAUUGGUCCUCGUAAUCAAUGGUACCGUAUUUACUUAAACUCAUGAGCCAGGGGUGCAGCUGCUUAUUCCUCUUCAUAUUCAUUGGUGAAUCAAUGCAGCAUCUAUAAUUCAAGCUGUGGCUUGAAAUUUGUGCGGACAAGCUUCUUGUAAAGCAGUUACCAGUAUUUGAUGUUUAUUUAUUUUUAUGGAUGCUUUGGUCAACCAAUAAAUCACUUGUCACUUUUUCAUUUUUUUUUUAAUGAUUUGUCAUUUUAAUGUGUUCCUGCUUGCUUUGUGAAGCAUUAGUAAUCGCUAUCAAUGUAUCCAACGAUUUAUAUUCUUUUUGCUUUGUUCAAUCUCUUGAGUUCAUUCCAAUUUAGCAAUACUUAAUCCAUUCAGUUGUGUUUCUUUUUCCUUUGUUAUUUGAAAGACAAACUCAAAUCUGUUGAGAUAUGGUGUCUCAUGCAUCAAAGCACAGCCACGUCACUAAUAUGUUGCCUUGAUUGUACCUGACUCGCUUGCCGUCUGUUGUCAUCAUUGAAGAACCAGAUCUCAUAACUCAUAAGGUUCGCAUGGAUCAAUUUCCAAGAUCUUAUAUUCCCUCAGGAUAUUUUGAGUAAAUACGGUAUGUGUGCUGUCCUGAAGCCUUCUUAAGAAUAUCAUCCUGUUUGUGUGUAACUUUGUGGCAUUGGAUAGUAUCUUUUCUCUUUCUCAAGUACCUUGAACUAGUCUAAGACAAACAAUGGUGAGCGCAAUAGUUUUAGUUGUGAACUCAAGCUUUAUGUUGAAGUGACAAAUGAACUUAAUAUUGUUCCAGCCUGAGCUUUUGACAUUAUAUUCUAAAGUUUUCUUCUUUUUUUGUUUGUUACUCCACACUCUACGUCCCCUCCAACUCCAUUUUGUAUAUAAAUGCAUUUUUAUCUGAUGUUUUGUAUGCCAUUCUGUCCACCUUGAUGUGCAAUUCUUAGCAAUUUUCCAUUCUUGUUAUGCCGUAUGUUUGAGGCAACAUUUAGAGUUGCAUCAGAUUAUAGUUUAUGCCGUUGAGACAUAACAAUAAAUCUUAAUAAAUCGCAUAAUAAAUGUAGUUACUGAAAUCUUCUCUUCUUUUUUCUUCUUGAAUGUAUAAAGUUAUGUUUGCCAACUGGUGGAAGAUUCAACUCUCCCUGCAGUCACACUUAAUUAUGCAGUGACCAUUGACAAGUAUGAUUAACCCCGUUGUUUUGGUGUUAUGUACUCAAAGUGUUUCUUCAGAAUUUCUAUCUUUGGGAAAACCUUUGCAUUUACUACAAUUGUAUCCGUCAGGUUAUUUGUUUCCUUUUUCUCACAAUAAGGGUCUCUUCUUGUCAGGGGUCUUGAGCUUCUGUUGCAUUAUUGGGUGUGGUUUAUGUAGAGUGGUUUUAUAGAAAUGUGUGCAUUUUAUUCAUUCUAGGGUGAGCUCAGCUUAUAAAUUACUUGUCAGUAGUGCAAACAAUCUUAUGUUGAUGGUGGGAAAAUGCAGUUUGAUGCAUUUGUCAGCUUCUUGUAUUUUGUGGCCUUACCAGUAGCCUAAAAUUUGUUACCAAUAAUUAUACUUUUAAGGCCUUACUGAUGAAAUAGUAUCUCCCUUUUCAAUUUCUUCCCACACACCAAUGCCUAGAGAACAUUUACCGAAGGUUUUUUUAAACAAAUUUCUGUUUUAAAUUUAAAGACAUUAUUGUGAAUUGAAAAAUUCCCACUAAGCUCCUCAAAAUGCUAUCUUGGUAUAGGGGCCAAACCAAAAGACGCAUACUUAAAUAAAAUCACUAUGAUACCUUAA